CAUUUGCAUAAGUAUCCGACGACAGCACAUCCCCGAAAGUGUGGUUUUUGAAUCCUCAUCAACAAUAAAAACCAAUUCCUUCUUCAUAGAAUACUACAACCAACUUGCAGAAAUCUUAUUUCAACCUUCCUCAUCGCCUUGCACAAUGGUUGCCGCCUUUUCACCACUCAUGCCACAGUCUGCAUCACCGAUUUCAUUUAAUCGCUUCGGACCGAAACCUUCGAUAUGGAAUAAACUCCAGCUCCCCAGUAAAGCCAUUCUAGGCGGCGUCGCUCAGUUGCUCCUUAGCAGAUAUCUCCCAGGCGAAUGGGCGUUUGUACCCCUUGGUAUUUGUGUCGCCAUCGCCGCCAUUGGCCAUCUCGCAGCACCAAAGCCAAGUGCACCUCCCAGUUACAUCCCUCCUACAGGCACUUCUGCGCAGUUUCCCGAGGCUGAUGGAACAUACUCGAACAAGCCUUCCAGUCGCAGCUUGGUGGUGCUCCAUCUUGGAGUGCAGUCAAACCAUCCCAACGGUUUUGCGGCUCCCGGGUUCAAAGAAACGUCAGACUGGUUUAUGGAGAUGCAUCAUGAUCUGAUGUCAAAACGUGAGGAGUAUGGCCUUCUCAGUGCGUCGCAUUGGCAGCCGGCUCCGUCGAAUGGACAAACUUCCAUGGCGGUGUAUUAUUUCCGUGACCUGGAAGCUCUAAAUAAAUUUGCCCACGAUCCUAUCCAUCGCCGCUACUGGGAUGCAUUUGUGGCUCUCAAGAAGCCUUACGUUGGCGUCUUUCACGAGCUGUUUGAGGUUCCUGCUGGAAACUGGGAGAGUACAUAUCUUAACUGCCAGCCAGUGUCGCUCGGUGCUGCGACAGUUCCUAUCGAGGAUCCCGUAGAUGGCUCUAAGAGGUGGGCAAAUGUACUGGUCUCUUCAAGAAACCCAGUUCUGAAGUCUAUGUGGUCAAGGAUGGGCCGCCAGCAGAACGGCGAGCAGAAAGAAGGAUACUAAGUUUGUUUACGGACGAAAACUACAUGGGUCACGCAUUUCAAUGGCGCAAGUUUGAGCAUAGAAAUAUUUUCUUUACAGGCAACAUAUAAUAAUAAUGCAUUCUCUCCUCAGUCAAAUAGCCCUACAGAUCUAAGAUUAUCAUGUUGGCUGACAUGGCGUCAAUAGACCCCAGGCGCAGUGUACCGUCCUUCAAAGCCCAGGUUCCGUUGCCCCAUUCAACACUCUUGAUGCUUGAGGGCUUGAUUGAAUCUGGUAGAGGAACUCUUACGGUUCUGUUGAUGGGCUCAUACCCACCGUUAACCACGUUUAGCAACACUUGGUUUUCGUAUUUCCAGUAAGCUGCAUCAACCACCUUGUUGCACUUGGUGGGAAGAGGCUGCGCCUCACUGAGAACGAUGAAAUCACGGACUGGCACCUGAGCUACAACCUUGGCGUACUUUCCAUGAAUUUGAGCAAGAGCAUCACUGGUAGGCCAAACCCAAGAGAUGAUGGACUUGGCAUGGUGGUUGAAAGCCAGAGCAUUCAUGACGACUUCUUCGGCAGGGGUUGGGUCCCGGAACCAAUAGUCCUCUCCGUGGAAGCUCUGAGGGUUAUGCACCUUUGUCUUGGGCCACAGCCCGAGCCACUUCUCAUAUUGGAUAAGGUCAUCCAAACGGGAGGGCACGUCCUGUACAUUUCCGUGACAGUUGUCACAUCCGCAGUCACCGUAAGUUGCAUUGCAAGCGGUACCCCAUUUCGAAAAAGUGGAGUUGAUGGCAAUGGGGUAUGCGUCUUCCAUGAUGAAAUCAAAACCGCGAGUGUAAGGGCCAAAAUAGUAGUUUUGGCAGUUGAGAGUAACAGCAACAGGAUGGUACGGGUCAAGUUUGUGGAUCAAAUCUGUUACCGCGAUAGUCGUGUUGAAUGGGUACUGCCAGCCGUCGGGCUCAUCUGUACCCCAGUACGAGUAGAUGUUUUCGUGGUCCUUGACAGCUGUCACUUGGCUUUCAACUAAGCUGAGAUUACGGAAAUAAUCCCGCAGGUCGUACAUGUAAUGCAUGUCUGGUAGAGUAUUCAUGUAGGCAAAUGCAGCAGGAUUCCUGGUGAUGGGUGUCAAGGGGACCAUGCCAUUGAGCCCGAGAUCAGAGUAUGCCUUAAUCCUGGCUUGGUAGUCGUCCUCGCAGAAGAGCCCCACGCAUUGAGCAUAAAACCCGUAGGGAAGGAUUGGCUGGAACUGGCCCUUGGUGGCACUGUUUCGGAAUAGCAUACCACCGUGGAGGUUGUCAAUUUUAGUUACGCUGCCCGAUUUCUUCUCAGGGAGAUAGAAGAACUCGCUGGACACAGUGAUGUUGGGGCUGCCUGCUUCGGGAGCACCAAAUAAGACGACCUGAUACGGUUCCAGACUGGGUUGAACAGACGUCAAGUUAAACUUGAAUAGGUUACCAGUUGUUCCGGGCUGGACAUGAUUGGAUACCAAAACAUUGUUGUUGGAAACCAUAUUGACUGUAAAGACAACUGGCGGCGCGGUGGCAGGGUUCGCCAGCCCGGGCCACUUGGACCCGAACCAUUCUGAAACGGCAGCAUUGACGAUGAAUUCGGCUUCAUUCUCGCUCUCGAUAUAGACACUAUAACGCGGCUUGAAUUGAAUGUGAAGUGCGGGACCGUCGGCAAGACGAGCAGGCUCAACAGUCUGGCCACCUGGGUUGAAGCUGGGGUAUCUGUAAACGGUCAAUCACCUGUAUGUUAUGUAGUAUUGAUAAUUCAUCCUUACUCGGGCUUGUAGACUUUUCCGCACCAUCGCGGCCAUUCGGGGUGCACACCCGUGUCCUGGGUUUGGGCGAGCCCAAUCAGAGACACGACCAAGGCUAGAAGCUUCAUAGUUGGCAGCUGGCAACUGACAGCUGUCGGAUCCCGUGACUGAAGUUGGUGGUGAUUUCUCUUUUACGCGUUUCACGCCCGAAGAAAGUCAAUAGUCGCUCUGAAUUAUUCGAAAUCUGCGCGUGAGGGGAUUACAUACCUCGCUGCGCGCUGCUGUAACGUGGGAUCGCAUACAGCUCUUUACCUAUUUAGGUAGGUUCUCAAAUUCCCCCGCAGAUGACGAUCAAGCCCGUCGGCUAAUUUGCCCCCAACCCAGCAGUGAAGAAUUGUUUUUCUUUUUGCUGGCUCAGCAGAGCAGAGGCCAUCUUAUUCUUGCGAUCAUCUUGGCUUUCAAUCUACUAGUGUCGAUGAUGGACACACGAUAAGCGACUACAGCACCAAUGGGAGAGGAACCCGCGUCUUGGUGCCAAUCUGGGUGGCGUACGACAAGACAGCAAUGCUGAAGCCACAACGAGGGUGUGAAGGUACGAAGAGAACUAUAACUAUAUCGAGAGAAGACAGCACCGGUCAUAUUGUGAACUUGCUAUUCAUUUUCUGAUGGCGUACCACUGGAAAUGCAUGCUGGUGUCUGACACGAUGCCACAGAUCUUGCGGCAUCUGCAUGAAGAACAAAGUUGUGGCGUCGUCUCCUGGUCACCCCUCAAGGCCUCCAUUGGAAUUGGCUAAGGACAACCCAAAAUGACUCUCGUAUCAUUGAAAACAUGAGAACGCAAGCAAAAUGGUGUUCUCCCUCUGGGCCGACGUCCUGUAGCCUUGGC